UGAUUAUUUUUAAUUUAUUUCGGGAAAACAACCAGGAAGAGAGAAAAACAACACUUUAGGAACCAUUGGAAAAUUAGCGAAUCCAUCACAGAGAACCAUUACAUGACACUCACUGCGUAGCGUGUGGCGCACCAUCGAGGCAUUCUGCAGCAUAAUUUCCCACCUGUGUGGUCCCGUACGCCUUCCACACCAGCAGUGAUAGCGCGCUAGACACCACACCUAACCAGGGAUGGGGUUUUCACUGAAGCUCAAAACCAAAUCGGGCCAGCAGCAUAUUGUGAGCAAGCUGGCGGAAACGACGACCGUCGGUGACCUGAAGACGCGGAUCGUCGAGCUGACCAACAUUCCGGGCGACGCGCUGCACGUCGUGCUUGGAUUUCCCCCGUUCAAACCGCUCGACCUGUCGAACGAAGCGAACCAGGUGCUCGCGUCGGGCAUCAGCAAUGGCGAUACGCUGAUCGUAGAGGAAAAGUCGCUGACCGAGGAGGAGCGCAAGCAGCUGGAAGCGACGAAGCGGCUGGAGCAGGACGAGAAGCUGGCAAAGGAGCUGGCGGCCCAGGGCACGGACAGUGGCGGUAUACUGCUGAAGUGCGUCGUACCGUCCGAUAACUCUUGCCUGUUCACGAGCAUAGGGUACGUUAUCACGGGAAAGGUUGACCCGGACGGUGCUCAGUACAUGAGGCAGAUAAUCGCCAGCACAGUGAACGGCGACAAGCACGAGUACAACGAGGGAAUCCUCGGACGGCCGAAUGAUGAAUACUGUGCCUGGAUACUGCAGCCCGAAUCGUGGGGCGGUGCGAUCGAAGUGUCCAUCCUGUCUGCGUACUACGGGCUCGAGUUUGACGUGGUCGAUAUCACGAAUGCCAUCAUCAACCGGUUCGGCGAGGACAAGAACUAUGGCAUGCGCGGGUUCCUGCUGUUCGACGGCAUUCACUACGACCCUCUGUACCUGGAAUCAACGAACGGUGACGCACCAAAGACGAUCUUCCCAAUCGAAGACCAAUCGGUGUACCAGCAGGCGGAACAGCUAGCCAAGGAAGCCAAAUCUGCCCGCCAGUACACGGACGUGAACAAGUUCACCCUCAAGUGCAUAGACUGCGACUGCUUCCUCAAGGGCCAGGUGGAGGCGCAACAGCACGCGCAAAAGACGGGCCACGUUAACUUUGGCGAGGUUUAACCGGGGGGGAUGCUUCAAUCGCCUUUUGUAGCUUCUCUUCCCAAAUUGUGACACAAAUCUUCGCUCUAGGUUUUCCCCAACAGGUUGGUGCAAUUGUGUAUGUCUGGUUUUCGGAAUAGUAGCAUUGAUUUUAUCACUCCCCUUUCCCGUUUCGAAGUGUACUCGUCGCGUUACGGGCGCAAACACACACACACACGUAUCCACUCAGGUUUGGAAAAUGCUCUACUUCUUUUUUAGCCCCAUUUUGUUUGUGUAUUUAUGUUAAAUAACCGCGUGAAUAAACAUCGUGCAUCAGUUCGCAGCAGCUUG